CGCUCGCCGCCGUCUUGCCGCAGCCGCUAGCCUGUCUCACCUCGCGGCCGGUAGCCUUGCGCGACGCGCCGCGCUCUUUCACAUUCAAAAUUAUUCGCAACAUUGCAAAAACUCUCUGUGCAAUAAAAAAUCUGUUAUCUUUCGUCAGUCGCAAUCAGCUUGGAAACACAGAGAUUCUUCAACUUUAUUUACAAAUUUAAGUGCUUUUAAAAAGUUUGAAUGCACUCCUCGUUGCAUGUCCCGCGCGCGUCGUUAUGAGAACCCCGUAGUCGCGGUCACGUUGACGUCGCGCGGUGCCGCCAUAUCUGUCUCGGUCACCAACUAGCAAAAUUAAUAGGUAAAAAUUACGUUUACAUCACUAAGAAUGCAAUAAACCGCGCGUUCGCUUUUUAAAUUUUUGUUGUACCCGGAUGGAAUGAGGAGUGCACAAUACCAUUGUUUUACAGUUUCAUAUGUUUGAGCAUCAUUUGUUUUUUUGUUUUUCGGACGGUUAGAGAGAUAUCAUUUUCUUCCAAAAUUGCAAAAAUUACAAAAUAAGAAUGGCGGAAGGCAAUGGAGAAAUAUCCAUGGAAGAGGUCCCCGGAAGGGACUCCGAUGUUUGCCGAACACCAGAUUACCGCAAACUCAUAGAGUAUGGCUUGGAUCCAAAGGUAGCAGCCAAGCUUGAUGAUAUUUAUAAGACUGGAAAGCUAGCGCAUGCAGAGUUGGACGAGCGUGCGUUAGAUGCCUUAAAAGAAUUUCCAUCCGACGGUGCUUUAAGUGUUCUUGGACAAUUUUUAGAUUCAAAUCUUGAGCAUGUAUCAAAUAAAAGUGCUUAUUUAUGUGGAGUUAUGAAAACCUAUAGACAGAAAAGCAGAGCGGGGGUGCAGGGCGCGCCCGCGCUGGCGGCCGCCGUGCAGGCCAAGGGGCCUGACGAGGACAAGAUCAAGCAGAUCCUCGCGCGGACCGGCUACACGUUAGACGUGACCACUGGUCAGCGCAAGUACGGCGGGCCGCCGCCCGGCUGGGAGGGGGGCACGCCGGGCGCCGGCUGCGAAGUGUUCUGCGGCAAGAUCCCCAAGGACAUGUACGAGGACGAGCUGAUCCCGCUGUUCGAGCGCUGCGGCACCAUUUGGGACCUGCGCCUCAUGAUGGACCCGAUGACGGGCACCAACCGCGGCUACGCGUUCGUCACGUUCACGACGCGCGACGCGACGCAGCGCGCCGUGCAGGAGCUCGAUAAUCACGAAAUAAAACCUGGGAAGACUCUGAGAAUUAAGAUUAGCGUACCGAAUCUUCGACUUUUCGUCGGCAACAUUCCCAAGUCUAAAGGCAAAGAGGAGAUACUGGAAGAGUUUGGUAAAUUAACAGCUGGACUGGUAGAAGUAAUAAUUUAUAGUUCGCCCGAUGAUAAGAAGAAAAAUAGAGGAUUUUGUUUUUUGGAAUACGAGUCUCACAAGGCUGCGUCGUUAGCUAAACGUCGACUGGGAACCGGUAGAAUAAAGGUUUGGGGCUGUGAUAUUAUAGUGGAUUGGGCUGACCCUCAAGAGGAACCUGACGAACAGACCAUGAGCAAAGUAAAGGUGUUAUAUGUACGGAACCUGACUCAAGAUAUAACCGAGGAGGCGCUGAAGGAAGAGUUUGAACGUUACGGAACCGUCGAGCGAGUAAAGAAGAUUAAGGAUUACGCGUUCGUGCAUUUUGAAGACCGAGACUGUGCUGUUAAGGCGAUGCAAGAGCUGGACGGCAAGGAGAUGGGCGGCGCGCGGCUGGAGGUGUCGCUCGCGAAGCCGCCCUCCGACAAGAAGAAGAAGGAGGAGAUCCUGCGCGCGCGCGAGCGCCGCAUGACGCAGAUGAUUUACGGCCGCGGCGGAUUUGAUUGGUGCAGCUGCUCGCCGGUGCACGGCGCGCUGCGCGGCCGCACGCCGCAGCCGGCGCCGCGCCCGCCGCAGGCCAGGGGCGAUUACGGGGGCUGGGUCAUGUGGGACCAGCGCGCGUUGGGCGCGGCGCGGGGCCGCGGCUGGGGGCCGUGGUGGUGCACGUCGCGCCGCUCGUGGCCGCCGCACGCCCAGCGCCAUGCGUGGCAACCCGCGCGCCAAGCCAAGUUUACCAGGUAAACGUAAACUGGACGGGGGUCACCAGAACAAUGGGGGGGAGAGCAAGCGACGGCUGGGCGCGGGCGGGGCGGCGGCGUGCGGCUGGGGCGCGGGCAGCGCGGGCAGCGCGUGCGGCUCGGGUAGCGCGGGCGGG